UCGUGUGCACAGUGCAUUUAUUAUCCGUGAAUUUCGUGUAAUUGCCUUGAAUCGAGUGAGCUUACAUUAUGCAUGAUAUGUAAUUACCGAGAACGUCUGUUUUGUAUUUACAAGUAACGCCAAACAUCGUCGCAUUGACACAUCCAGUAGGUUUUUGUCAUUCAAGCUUUUGGGCUACUGGUGGCGUACGAAGGUGGUGUUAGCGAUAGGCCUACCACUUGCAGGACGAGCGUCGGACGUCGAGCGGUAGCAGUAGGAGCGCGCCGCGGGCGCCUGGCUUGGUCUGGCAGCCCGCGUCGAGGCUUAUUCCCGUUGACAACGGCAGUCGCAACAAUAGCGACGACAGCUGGACCUAAACAUCAAUGGCCAUCUAAUGCUCAGUAAGAAAACCUUGCAGGUGAAUUGUUGAUUCUCUCCACAGUUUCUAUUUGAACUUUUGAGCUCAUUCUAAGGCAAAAUUAAAGAUCAUGAAAAUGGUGCUGUCUCAACGUCAGAGGGAGGAGUUAAACAAAGCUAUUGCAGACUACUUAAGUGCAAAUGGAUACCAGGAUGCAUUAGAAUCAUUUAAAAAAGAGGCUGAUAUGCCUGGGGAAGUAGAGCGUAAAUAUAGUGGCUUGCUAGAAAAAAAAUGGACUUCUGUUAUUCGAUUACAAAAAAAGGUGAUGGAAUUGGAAUCAAAAUUGUCUGAAGCAGAAAAAGAAUUUAUUGAAGGUGCACCCACGCGUGGAAAGCGUUCACCAUCAGAAUGGAUUCCAAGGCCACCAGAAAAAUUUUGUUUAACCGGCCAUCGAGCUAGUAUUAAUCGAGUUAUAUUUCAUCCAGUGUUUAGCCUAGUGGUGUCUGCUAGUGAGGAUGCUAGUAUCAAGGUUUGGGAUUUUGAAAGUGGAGAAUUUGAACGUACACUAAAAGGCCAUACAGAUAGUGUGCAAGAUAUUGGCUUUGACGCAAGUGGCAAACUUCUUGCCAGCUGUAGUUCUGACUUGUCAAUAAAACUGUGGGAUUUUAGCCAGUCGUUUUCAUGUAUUAAAACAAUGCAUGGUCAUGAUCAUAAUGUAAGCUCAGUAGCAUUUGUUCCUCAGGGUGACCUGCUUAUAAGUGCUUCACGAGAUAAAACUAUAAAACUUUGGGAAAUUGCCACGGGUUACUGCGUUAAAACAUUGACUGGUCAUAGAGAGUGGGUGCGCAUGGUACGUGUUAGCCCUUGCGGUGAAUUCAUUGCUAGUUGCUCAAAUGACCAAUCUCUGCGUAUAUGGCAACUAUCAAACAAAGAAUCCAAGCUUGAAUUACGUGGUCAUGAGCAUGUAGUUGAGUGCUUAGCUUGGGCACCUGAUAGUGCCCGUGGAUCUCUUAAUUCGGCAGCUGGAGCUGAUAAUAAAGUUGCUCACGAAGGCCCUUUUCUUGCUUCUGGUUCUCGCGAUAAAACAAUUCGUAUUUGGGAUACUGUAAAUGGUAUUUGUCUGUUUGCCUUCAUUGGACAUGACAAUUGGAUACGGGGCGUAGUUUUUCAUCCAAGUGGAAAGUUUGUCGUUAGCGCUUCUGACGAUAAAACGCUUCGUGUUUGGGACAUACGCAACAAACGUAAUAUGAAAACUCUCGAAGCUCACGCUCACUUCUGCACUUCACUUGAUUUCCAUAGGAGUCAUCCUUAUGUUGUCACAGGUAGCGUUGAUCAAACUGCCAAGAUAUGGGAAUGUCGCUAGUCAGUUGAUAUUUGUCGGCAUUAUUUCUACCUCUAAAUGUUAUGAGCUUAUAAGCUAAAUAGCUAUUCACCUGCAGCACUGAACGAUUGCUUUGCCCAUUAUGAUAUAUAAAGGUUCAAUAUAAAAGCAUAGUGCUCCAGCCACAUAAAAGAACCUGCGUUAUAUAUACAGUGAAAUCUAUGUUUUGAGAGGGUGCUAAAGUUAACAUUUUUAUUGAUUGAUAUGAUUCGUUAACUAAGAAGUUUUUUAAAUCACUAUUUUCAUUGAUAUUAAACACGCGAAUUCUAUGCUUUAUGGUUCAUAUAAUGCAAUUUCAUUACGUCGGAAUCUAAGAAAUUUUUAUUGUCUAUCAUAUUAAUAUUAAACGACUACGCAGGAUCUUUCAAAAUAAUUUGAAUAGAGAAUAUCUUUAAAAAAAAUCAGAAUUUUAAUUAGUAAAAAUGUGGAUUUUGGUAACCUUGAUUAUCAUUUUCAUACACAAAAUUUUUGCUGCAGUUACCAACAAUCUUUCUAACAUAGCUAUUCACUUUUUUGCAUGUGAUCCAUCAACUGUUCUUUGUUGAGGAACAUAUUGUAAAUUAUUUUUUUUAGUAAUGAUCAAUGUAAUUAUUGGCUUCUCAUUACUUCUAUUACUUCAUUGACUUACAGUCUUGAUGCAAAGUUAUGUAAUCAAAAUAAAAGAUGCUCCAAAAGUUCAUAAAUUGAAUAAAAUAUUAUAAUUUUUAUCAAUGUUGUGAACUGAAUGCUAGAAGUUGGAUUAGUUUUGAGUGCAAAAUUCUAUACUUUCUUUUUAUGCAAUAUUUGUUAUUGUACAUUUUGAGUCUUUAAAAUGAUUUAUUUGAAAUCACAAAGCAUUAAUAAAAAAUAUAGUGAACUAUCAUGAUUUUUUUAUGAUUUUUAUAAAAAAAAACUGGUAUCCCCAUGUAAUUUAUUAACUUAGGUUAUAUUAUUUAAUUUCUGUAAACAAGGAAUUAUUUUAAUCUAUCUUACGAUAAGUGCAAUUUUAAAAAUUUUAUUGAAUAUCUACAAAAAAAGAAUAUAUUGAUUACAGUACUUGCUUGAAUUGUGUAAUAUUUAAAAUAUUUACGUUGAAUACAUGA